UCUCGAAUGAUUGUGGCUUGUCUGUAAAAACGUAGGCAAGAAGAAAAAGCUAAUUUCAAGAAAAAACGAGCGUAAGGAUGGUUAACAGUGCUUUGACCCUCCAGGUUCUUCCACUGGUCAUUCUCCUAGGGAACACACAUUUGUGCGCUUCCCAUUUCUUCUCCCUGGCCAACCUGCUGCAUGACGAGGCUGACAACUACGAGUACUACGAUGAAUACACACAACCGGAGCAGAAGCCCUCCCUCCAGCAGCAGUCCUCGGAGGACCCUGACUGGUUUGAGGCAUUUUUUGGCUACAGCGAUACCACAAAAGACCCAUGCUCCUCCAACCCCUGCAAGAACAACGGUAGGUGUGAAAACAGAGGAAGCAGCUUCAGCUGUCUCUGCCCUGAGCCAUACACUGGGACUACAUGCGAGAAAGUGAAGAACAUGUGUCUGGAGCAGAGGUGCAACGGGGGAGACUGCCUCAUUACAUUAACCCCACCUUAUUUUCAGUGCAGCUGCCAUCAUCCCUACAAGACACCCAACUGCCACCAAGCAUCUUCACCGUGCAGGCCAAACCCAUGCAAAAAUGGAGGUAUCUGCAUACGGCACAGAAUCAGAUCGAAAUUCACCUGCAAGUGCCCUGAAUCUUUCAGAGGGAGAUUCUGCGAGAUUGGACUGGAUGACUGUUAUGAAGAGGCCUCCUCUAGGUACAGGGGAAAAGUGAACCAAGCAGUGAACGGCAAGACCUGCCUGCACUGGAAUUCCCACGCUCUCUUGGACUACCCUAUGAAUGCCUUUAUGGAGGACGCUGACUCUUAUGGCAUUGGUGAACAUAACUUCUGCAGGAAUCCUGAUGAGGAUGAAAAACCCUGGUGCUACAUCAGAAAAAAUCACAAAGUGGAAUGGGACUUCUGUGACAUUUCACCCUGCUCAGGAACAGCUGAAGAGAGCCCAUGGCCAGUAGACAGCCAAACAGACCAACCUGGAUCAAAUGAAAUAUUCAAAACAUGUGGACAACCAGAAAUUCAAAAGACACUCAAGAGGAUCUAUGGUGGCGCUAAGACCACAGCUGGCAAACAUCCCUGGAUGGCAUCUCUGCAGAUAAAGACUUCAAAAAGGAGCACACAUUUCUGUGGUGGAGUGCUAAUUAAAGCAUGCUGGGUUCUUACUGCUGGGCACUGCAUUGAACAUCCAGCAGAAAAUCUCCAAGUAGCCCUUGGAAAGCAAGACCUCAAGAAGAAAGAGCAUCAAGAGCAAAUAUUUGAUGUGGAGAAGGUCAUCGUACAUUACAAAUACAGAGAGAAGGAUGGUGUCCCACACAAUGAUAUUGCACUACUUAAAUUGAAGCCAGUUGAUGGACACUGUGCAGUGGAAACAAAGUAUGUGAAAACAGUGUGUCUACCUAACUUCUUCUUUCCCAUUGGGACUGACUGCUUCAUUUCUGGAUGGGGCAUGACAGAGACAGAUGAACUAUCCCGUCAGCUGUUAGAUGCCAAUGUCAAACUGAUUUCGCAGAAGAAAUGCAAUGCACCCAGAGCAUAUGAUCACAUACUGGAUGAAAGCAUGUUUUGUGCGGGAAAUCUUCAGAGACCCAGAGCUGAUUCUUGUCAGGGAGACUCCGGAGGCCCACUAACUUGUGUAGAAAAUGGCUCCUACUACGUAUAUGGCCUUGUGAGCUGGGGUGAUGAGUGUGGGUUAAAAAACAAGCCAGGAGUUUAUACCCAGGUGACAACAUUUCUCAGUUGGAUUAAAUCCAAAAUUCGGUCUAAGUAAAGGUCACUUCAUUAAGAGACAGCUUUGGAAUGACAAAUGAAUUUCUGAAGCAUCGGGGUUGACUGUGACCUGCUGAGAUCCCUCCAUCUCCAAUUGGUCCUGUUAAAUCAAAACCAACUAAAUUGUGAGGACAGCCAGCGGACAGGAGAAGGUUUUAACAAUUAUUCUAUAAAAAUAUUUGUACAUUAAAAAUUACCUCAAGUGGCAAAAAAAUAAGCAAAAUCUGAAUCACUGCUCUGCACUGAGCAAAUCUCUACCACAGAAAAGUGCAAAAAUGAGAGCCAUUCAUGUAAGUCAGAUACUACACAUAUCAAAAGACUAAAUGUGCUCAAAUCCUAAUUUCUAAUUUGAGCCCUAAAUAACGAGCAAACCAGCAAACACCUGAGUUCCAGGUGGAUUGCACACCUGUAGAUUUCCCUGGGACCAUCAGAUUGUUAUCAUAUGUAGGACUUAAGAAGAUAUUGCCUGCAGACCCUGCUGUCUGCAUUCCUCGACCACAGUUAUAAUUUAUUUCCUGAGUAACUUUUCAGAUGGGAAUGUAAAUUACGGGUAUGUCCUGUUUCUCUUGGGCUGGCUUAUUGUUUGACUUGUUGCCAAAGUUAAAACUGAAAUGAAACAAGUAUUUAAAGUGCA